AUGGGAUCCAAAUCCUCAUUCUCUGCUACUCUUUUUCUUGCAGUAAAUCUCCUCUUCUUUGCUCUUGUUUCUGGACAAUAUUGUGAUUCUACUUGCACUCCUCCUGGUGUUUCACCAGGCCAAACCCUAACUUGCUCUAGCAAUAUUCUAAAAUUGGGCGUUUGCGCAAAUUUACUUAAUGGGCUGCUCGGAGUUGUCCUUGGCACUCCACCUACCACUCCAUGUUGCAGCUUGAUUACUGGUUUGGUCGACCUAGAGGCUGCAGUUUGUUUGUGCACUGCUAUCAGGGCUAACGUGUUGGGUAUAAUUAAUCUUAACAUUCCAAUUUCCCUCAGUUUGCUUCUUAAUGCUUGUGGGAGGACUGCACCAUCUGGAUUUACUUGUGCUUAA